UGACACAUAAUUAAGUUAUUUAGAUGUUUCCGAAUUAUGACAGGAAGUAAAAUGACCACAGUGAUAUGAAAACUUUAACUUUACACUGACCUAGAUAUUAACGACUGUCGUAAAUAACACUACAGUCUAGAGUACACAUUAUUUACAAGUUUUUAUGGCAAUAUAAAAUAGUUUCAAGGUUAAAGGUAGUUUAAGAAGGGAGGAAUGUACAGCUUACAGAGUUGUGAUAUUGUUUACAUUAUCGGAUAAAUCAGCUGGCCUUUAUUAGUGGAAUCUUUCACGUUACUGAUAAAUAGUCUUAAUUCCAUAAUAUGAUAUAAUUACGCGUAAUUUAGCUGUGGAAUUAACUGAUGAAGGUACUUUGGACUUUGCGUUCUGUAAUUUAAGACAAUUUAAAGACUUACUUCCUACAUGAUCUAGGAUGGAUACAAAUUUUAAGCUAAGUGUGCGAAUUAUUGAGCGUGAUUCCGGGAAGGCGGUAUUUUAUAAACAUGACGGUCAGAGGUUCGAACAAACUCAUACAGUGAAAAUGAACGCCGACAAGGAAUAUGAUAUCAUGUUUACGCUUAAUCCGGCGAUGGGUAUUGAAAAACUCUUACUAAAUGGGGAAGCUAAUAAAAUAGAUCGUUGUCAUGACAACAAUGACGAGUACGAGGACACGAGGACUUACGUCACACACUAUGAGACAGUGAGCGUUGACGUCUGCAGACGAGGCAAGCGGAGGGAACUUCUUUUUGUACUAGAUCUAGAUAACGGUGUUUAUUUGAAACUGAGUGUACAGUGUAAGGUAUAUAAACUCGGGGAGACCACUCACUGCAGUUGGGGUCAGCAGUUAGCCGGAAUAGAGCUGGAUUGUAAAAUUGAGGAAGGUCAAAAUUAUGUCCAGAUAUUACAUGAAAAGUAUUUCUGAAGCAAUACCAUCUUAAUCAUUAACAACUAAAGUGUUAAUCUUCAUCUCCAACGUGUCAUGAAAAAAUCUCUAAAGUGGCACUUAUCAAUGUGAUAUGUUAAGAUGUCAAGUUGUCGAACUGAAAAUUGAGUACAAAAGGAGGAGAAGACAACACAAGUUGAUCGAAGAAAUCUCCCUCUAGGAUUACAAGUCGUGUGAUGAUGGGCAAGGAGAUAAGAAUUAUAUAUCUUCAGGCAGGAUGUAUGGCUGAUAAUAUACUAAACAAUAGAUAAGAAAUGAGAUAUAAUGUACUUCAUCGUGAAGUCUAUCAUAUACAUGUAUAGUUUACUUUUUUGUCAGGUUUACUAUGAUAUUAUCUUCAGUUUUGUUUUGACAAGAGUCUGACUGCCAAUAAAGAUGGCUGGCUCUAUUGCAGAGAACAUUUUAACAAAUAUGUUAUGAUUUAUAUAAAGCUUAAACAUGUUAAUGCAUAUUAUUGUUGAAACUUUAGCUGAAAAUGCAUUCAAAUUACAUUAUUACAAAGUCAACGGACAUUUAUAAGACUAGCUAUCUCGCUGUUUAUACGGAGUGAUAUUGUACUGUAACAUUUUUACUUCAAUGUCUGUGGAGAACUAUUUACCUAAAUUAUGAUUUUGAGUUUUUG